AUGACCGCCAACUUCUACACCACUUUUCCAGCUCUGAAUUGCACUGCCUAUCCACAGUUUUUCACCAGUGCCUCUUCGUCAAUUGUCAACACGACCAUUCCGACUUCUAGCCCACAGACCGCAGUCACGUUGGCGACUCAUAAUUACAAUGACGGCCGCCGUGCUGGUCGUCGUGAACGUACUUCUUUCACCCGUUCCCAACUAGACAUUCUUGAGAAAGUCUUCGAGGAAACACAGUACCCCGAUGUUAGCAGAAGAGAAGCCUUGGCUAAGGCAAUCAAUAUUCCAGAGGGUCGUCUUCAAGUUAUCACGGUUUGGUUCAAAAACCGGCGUGCCAAAGAGCGAAACAAUAAAAGGCUGGAUGGUGUCUAUGAAAACGAACCCACUCACUAUAGAUCCCGAAACACUGGAAGAAAUUCUUCUUGUAGCUCAUCCAUCGGUUCACCUCAUGUUGAAACAAAACCGGAUCCGAAGACUUUGGUGCUUCAUCUUCCAGGCACACCAGAAUUCGAUGCACACACUGCAGCUAAACAUGAGGCAAACUCAUUGGUUUUGAGCCUUCAACAACAUCAACAAUUGCAACAACAGAUCAAGAAUGAGUUGGAUGGCAAACAGCCUAAACACGAAGCUACACAACCUCUACUACCACAAGCUCAACCUGCAGCCUGGACAUACGCGGCCGCUGCCCCAUACGCCUACCCAUACAAUGGUUACUUCCCACCUACCUUCUAUUAUCAAUAUGGUGGUGACUACACCCCAAAUAACGCCGCCUACUGUGAGGGAUCCCAGAUUUAA